GUUAGAGGCUUUCAAAAACUUAUUCGUUAACAUCAGGCUAUGAAUAUUUUAAUUUUAUUUGCUAUAUUAAGUGUUUUAUUAUUGAUCACUGAUCAUGUGAUAGCAACGGAUAAGAAAAAUUGGAUGUAUGAAUUGACCGAAGUUAAUACCAAAAGUUCAAAUCCCGAUUUAAUAAAUGUAAGUCUAAAUAUUGAACGUAUUCAACGUGGUGUGUAUGCUUUGUCCGGAGAGUUCUAUGUCAACAUCGAUAUGACAGAAGGUGAUGGAAAUGAUGUGGAACUUAAAUCAUUUCGCAGUCCCAAUGGUGAUGGUGUUUAUAAAAGUAUACCCUUGGAAAUGUCACGACGUCAUUUCUAUGAAGCUCUUAAUAGUCAUUAUAAAGAUGUCGUUAUGGAUACAUUUAAAGAAUGUUCAGAUUUGCCAUAUUUUGAAGAUGAAUUUUCACCACCUUUAGAGAAGAAAACCUAUAUCCUAAAUAGAUGUCAAUUUUCUCAGGAGGGUAUGCCAAAUCAUUUGGAGACGGGUGUUUAUAAGAUUAUUUUAACAGGUUACGGUCAAGUGGAUUGGGAAGUUGAGGUGAUUUUUGAGGUUGAAUCAAAUGAUGAAUAAAAUUUAAUUAAAAAAAAAAUAUAAGUUCAAAGAGAAUGAUAUUAAAAUAAGGAAUAUACACCUUGUUGCUAAAUGUAAUUUGCAAUAUU